UGAUUGGUUGGCAUCGCGUAGGAGGAAAGUGGGCGGGGCCUGUCUCCCACGAUGCACUUUGGUAAACAGAAAUCAUGGCCGGAGAUGACAUGCGAAUGAUGUUAUUGAAUGAUGAAGAUCCGUCUGGUAUGCACUACUCGGAGCGCACGGAUGAGGACGAGGAAGCGGUGGCGCCACCUGGCGACGUCGCCGCGGCAACGAAGUCCGACCCGCCGACCAUCAUCAACAUAACAUACGACAUGAACCUUCCCAUGACACACAGCUACCUAGGUGAUGACCUUGAGGAGGUGAGUGGACGCGCCAUACUGGAGGAGGACACGUGCGUAAACGUUCUCCUCAUGUCGAUGCCGGACGUCAUCCUCGUCCCAGGACAGAUCCUUCCUCUCAAGCUGUUUCAGCAUCGGCUCGUCUCGCUCAUGAAACACAUCAUCAUGCAACGCGACAAGAUAUUUGGCAUGGUCGCCUACAGUGCGGCGAUGCCCGUCCACGCAUCCGUCGGUACGCUCGCGGAGGUUUACUCCUACAAGGAAGACGCCGACACGCUGUUCGAAACGCUCUGCGUGAAAGCGAUGGGGCGCCAACGGUUCCGCAUCCAGGAGACGUGGCGGCAAGCGGACGGGAACAUACUGGCAAAGGUUCGGAUCCUUCCCGAGAUCACGCUUCCGGAUUUCCUGGAGGGAGCACGGCCGGACAGCUGGAGGAAGUUCAAUAUUGCUCCGCUGAGGGCCGGGAGCAAGGCGCGCAUGUCCUGGAGCGAGGGAGAUGGCUUCUACCUGCAACUGAAGUCAACUUAUAGGAAGUAUGACCGACUUGCUAGCGCUAUACUCACGUCUUGGCCACGAUGGGUAUACAAGCAGUACGAUACCAAUCACCUCGUCGCGGCGAUAAAGAAGGAGCUUCGCAGCUGGAACGAAAUGAUAAACGUCGACAACCUUCCCAUCGACCCGGCGAUGCUCUCCUAUUGGGUGACGGCAAACCUGCCGCUAGAGGACGCCACCCGUCUAGAGAUGCUCACGAUCAACAGCGCGGUGCAGCGACUGCGCGCCCUGCUGGCGAUUCUACUGAAGUGUUCGGUGCUGCGGUGCAGCGAGUGUCGCGCGGACAUCGCCGGGAAACGCGACGUGUUCUCGAUGUCGCUCGGCGGGCCGAUGGCGGCGUACGUCAACCCGGGCGGACACGUUCACGAGAUGAUCACCGUCAUCGCCGCGAGAAACCUGCACCUAGUCGGAGGGCCGUCGACCGAAAACAGCUGGUUCCCCGGGUACGCGUGGACGAUACUGAACUGCCGCGGCUGCCACCAGCACAUGGGAUGGAAGUUUACGGACGUGAGCGGGGACCGGCGCCUCGAGCCUCACCAGUUCUGGGGUCUGUGUCGUGGAUCGCUUGUCCCCGGACUCUCCCGCCCCGGCAAUGCCGACAACGACGAUGCAGACGACAACGACGGUGUGGUCUACGUCAUGUGACUCUCUUCCCACCAAUGGUAGAGAUCGCGCGCGACAGCAACAUAGUCAUGUGACAGAGCCGUGAUGUAGUGAUUGUCGGUGUGAUAAGUCGCGGGGCGGCAUCCAGUAGACAAGCACUCAGAGUCAGCCCUUACCGUGUGCCAGGGCCCGUACCAUGAACAUAUUAUAUAUCUCAUAAUUUAUAUGUAUAUAUGUAUAUAUAUAUAUAUAUGCAUUAUAUACAUAGAAUUUAAUAUAUAUUCCAUCUCACGUGAGAUGUUCAUAUGUUCAUGCCGGUACAUAUACAGACUGUUGUUUCAGCUAUACCCCACCCCCUUCCCAUAUCAAGCCACAUAUUUUAAUAGCAACCUGCUUGUUAUUAGAAGCUAAUAAUGCAUAUUAUUAGCUAUUGAUCUUAUACAUGAUGUUCAACAUAUAUUAUGUAAAGGUCAGUUUCUGGUGCUCAUAGUGUGUGUGUAUCAUCUGGUAGUCGUACUCGCAAAGACAUCAUUGCUGUAGCUAUGCACAUGUGCCCACACACUCCUGCAUUAAUCGACACCUGUCUACAAACUAUACGUCAUGUCCCUUAAUUGCUUACAGUAACUUGGAGUUGGCUUAAAGUAACUUUGUACGUACAGCUUCUAUAAAUAAAAACAAAGUUCAAACAUGACAAAGCUUAAGCAACAUCAUGCACAGGGCUAAAUGCAUCUGAAACAAUCCGAGGAUCAUGUUAGAAUCUGUGUUGCUAAAUGCAUCUGUGAUGUGUUGACAUUGUCCGUGUACACUUGAAAGCUCUCCACUUCUGAUCAUGAAAGAGUAAUCAUCAGAAUAUUUCACCAAGAUGAGAAGCGUAUCUUAACAACUAUUCACGGUAAAUUUAUUUUCUAAUAUUUGCGUCACUUGAGGUCCAUUUAAAAAAUGCUGACGCGUUGAAUCGGUUCUGGAUUCUCACUCUGUAAUCACUUUGUUUUCAUCAUGUUACCACGCAAAUUACUAUUUUGGUGUGAAAACAUAUUGAUUCGGAAAACGGUUUUUUAUCAUUUUAUUUUAUAGUGUUAGCUCUGAUUACGGCUUUACUGACGACUUGUCUUUUGACCCGAGAAAAAACGUUGUUUAGAUUCGGUAAUGUGUGUUUACCAAGUGAAUGUAUAAAAUGUAAAUAUUUGUGCGAACUCGUUAGUAGUUUUCUAAAAAUGAGGGAAUUAAAAAACACGAUAUUUAAUACGUAUAACUUGAAAUAAAAUUCGUAGUCGAAACCUUUU